CGUGCGUGGCGGCGCGCGGCGCGAGCCGGGUUCUCUGGCGUGUGGCGCCCCCUGGCGGCAGCGGGGACUCAGUGUGAACAGCCGGAGCUGCGUCCCCGCCAUGGACCCGCAGAAAGAGGCGCGAACACCCCGGGACCUGGUCGCGCGGCCGCCGGCCUCGCGGUCUCAGACGCCGAAGGAGGAGGAGCGGCGGGAGAGCGGCGAGGCGCCGGCGGCGGCCCUGGGCGAGGAGGCGGACGACAGUGCGGACGGGCUGUGGGAGCUGCCGGUGGAGCCGGCUGAGCGGAGGCCCGAGUGCAGCCGGUGCAGCCGGCCUCAGAAAGUGUGUUUAUGUCCGUUUCUACCAGUGCAUCCUCUGCACAUCUCUACCUACUUGUACAUAAUUCAGCAUCCGGCAGAGGCCUUAUUUUUGACAACGUUAACAAACCCCAUCCUGUGGAAGAGAGGCCUGUGUCUGCAGCUCUGGUCCAGCAUAGCUCCAGUGGGAGAAAGCAAAGUGUUGCGGACAGUUCCUCUACUAGCAGCGUGCCUUCCCCAGGACAAGUGUAAAGUCAAGAUUGGUCGUCGUUUUAGUGAAGAAAGAGAUCCUGAACUUUCAACUGUUUGUCGGAAGUCUGGUACAUUAAUAUUAUAUCCAGGGGCUGAAGCUGCUAAUUUGGAAGAGUUUAUAUUAGAUUCUCCUAUUUAUCCUUCCACAAUCAUCAUCAUCGAUGGUACAUGGAGCCAGGCUAAGGACAUUUUCUAUAAGAAUUCCUUGUUCCGACUGCCCAAACAGGUGCAGUUAAAAACUAGCAUUUCUAGUCAGUAUGUAAUUCGGGCGCAACCAACUAAUAGGUGCCUGUCUACACUGGAGUGUGCAGCUGUUGCUCUUUCCAUCUUAGAGAAAAAUAAUUACAUACAAGAGACUUUGCUUCGCCCUCUUCAAGCUUUAUGCUCUUUCCAGCUUCAGCAUGGUGCUCAAAUUCGCCUCAGCAAGGAACACCUUCUGAAAAAUGGAUUAUAUCCUAAGCCGAUGCCAAAGAACAAACGCAAACUCAGGAAGAUGGAACUGUUAAUGAACAGUGUUAAAAUUUAGCACAAAUUUUCUUAUGGUGCUAUUUAUGGUGACUUCAGCUGACAGUAGCAGCUUAAGUUUUCAUACAACUUAAGUCUGUGUGGUUUUUUGGUUGUUUAAAGAAUGAGGGUUGCAUACUAAAGGUGUCCAGAAGAAGGGCGUAAAUCAAAUAGCCAUGAAAGCAAAUAAACAAGCAAAAUUACAUGACUCAGUAAAAAGCAAGAUUUCAUACUGUAUUUGCUUUUAAAAAUGUGCCUCUAAUAUAUUUUUUUCAAGUCCUUAAUUGAAAUGGGAUUAGUUAAGCUGGGUUAGAAGUACUUUUUUUAAAUGGAAGGAAAUCCCUGUGCCUGAUUGGGACAGUAAUGUUUCCAUUACUGUUUUAUAGAUAACUAGUGGUCCAUUGCACAAAAUUCAUGCACGGGGCGGGGGGUGUCCCUAAGCCCAGUCUGCACCCUCUUCAAUCUGGGACCCCUCGGUGGAUGUGCGACUGCCCCUGUGGGAUCGGGCCUAAACCGGCAGUCGGACAUCCCUCUCACAAUCCAGGACCACUGGCUCCUAACCACUCACCUGCCUGCCUGCCUGAUUGCCCCUAACCGCUUUUGCCCGCCAGCCUGAUCGCCCCCUAACUGCUCCCCUGCCGGCCUGAUUGACACCUAACUGCUCCCUUGACGGCCUGAUUGCCCCCAACUGCCCUCCCCUGCUGGCCUGAUCGCCCCCAAGGCUUUUAUUAGUAUAGAUAAUAUACACAUUCAAAUGUACAGAUGUAUCAGGCCGGCAGGGAAGGCCUAUCGUGCAAGAGUAGGCCUUCCUUCCCCCAGCUGCCAACACUGGCUUCCCUCUGGCACCCGGGAGGGGCUGCCCUCGCAGCCCUGGCUUCGUCCAGAAGGUUGUCCAGUCUAAUUAGCAUAUUACGCUUUUAUUAUUAUAGAAAUAUAAAAUCUCAGGGCAUUUGCUUGAAAUUUCUUGAAGCAAACAAUAGAAAUCAAUUGCAAAGUUCUGAGAAUCCCAGAACGUCCCAACUCUGAUAGCAUUACAUUGCUAGGUCAAAGUCCUUGAUCUGACCAAACUGCAGUUUCUAUUCUGCAUUACCUGUACUUCUUCCUCACCUUUGCUUGCUUCAGAAUGGCAGCUUGCCAAUUGUCAAGGUCUCCUAGAAAGUGCCUCGACUGGAGCGGCAUCCUCUUUACUUUGAAGAUGCACACAUAUGACUUUGUCUCAUUUCCAGCUCCUCCUUUCACCAUCUAGUACAGCAGUUCUCAACCUGUGGGUCGUGACCCCUUUGGCGGUCAAAUGACCCUUUCACAGGGGUCGCCUAAGACCAUCCUGCAUAUCAGAUAUUUACAUUACGAUUCAUAACAGUAGCAACAUUACAGUUAUGAAGUAGCAACAAAAAUAAUUUUAUGGUUAGGUCUCAACAUGAGGAACUGUAUUUAAAGGGCCAGAAGGUUGAGAACCACUGAUCUAGUAUUUUUGGGAUAGUCAUCCAUUACCACUUUCCCAGCCUUCAGAGCUGAACAGAAGCUCUCCACCCAGACAGUUGUGGAUUUAGACCCUGAGUCUACCUCUCCUUAUCUGGAAAAUGAAGUUUAAGAAAAGCACACAUCUAUUUUAUAAUGUUCUAAUGGUAGGGAUAAAGUGUCUAAUGUGUGAAUGAUGCUUAAAGGUGACAGUAGCAAAGAGCUUAUCUUUUUUGGGCGAGUCUGGUUUUCAGGGAGUUGGGCCUUUAAGGGGGCGUCACCCUAGUUUCCUAUGUGAAUCGUCCCGCCUGUCCUGGAGCGAGAGGCAGUGGCCCUCUAACCUGGAACUGAUGGCCGUGCUCCCGCCCUGGUGCCGCCAAUCCAUGUCCUGGAAGGAGCGAGCCUGCAGCACGUGAGCAAGUGAGUGAAAGCGGCGCUGCCCUUAGGUGGCAGGUGCAGCUGAAACCUGCCAUUCCCCACCUCUCCUUGGAAUUCCUCCAGAAGAGGUGGGCGAGCUGUGUGCGGCCACACUGCUCCUCUUUGUGCGACCAUUCCCCAAAUAGGGGCUCCCCAUUCCCCACCGCCCACGCCCCUAUGUGGGCUGGGCACUCCAUCUGCACACAGCGCCCUGCUGCAGCGCCCAAACUGGAUGUAGCAUCCCUAUCCCACUCCCGUCCUUGCCCAUCGCCUCCGAGGCCGGGGUGGGACUGGAGGACUCUGGUGGGGCGGCUGCUCAUGCUGCCCGCUCUCGCUGGGGUGACCCAGGACGCCAAGCCUUCCCACCCGCUCUCCCGCUUUCUGGCCGGCUUUGUGGCUCCGGCUGGCACUGCCAUCUUUGUCGAGUCAGUUUGCAUAUUCCCUCCUUACUGGCGGUGGGUGCCGCCAUCUUUAUCGUGAAGUGACGGUUAAUUUGCAUAUUACUCUUACUAGAUAAGAUUAGGUGUAGACCUAUAAUAGAUACCUCCAUCAAUUUGCAGUAGUAUACAUGGACUUUAUAGUUUAAAAUAAGUAACAAAAAUGAUAAUCAAGUAGUUUAGAUUGAAUUUAUUUCAUAAAACAGUAUAAAAAGUAAGGAAACUAAGUAUUUUUAGGAAUUGAACUCAGUUAAUGUGAUUAAAUGUUCUAUUAAUGCCCAUACAUUUUUUUAUCACGGUAUAAUUGACAUAAAAUAUUAGUUUUAGGUAUAUAAUAUAAUGAUUUGAUAUUUGUAUAUUGUAAAAUGGUCACUACAAUACAUCUUGUUAACAUUCAUCACCACACAUAGUUUUUUCUUGUGAUGAGAACUUCUAAGGUUUGCUUUUUUUUU